AUGGAGGUAGACGCGCCUUCGCAGAACCCAGCGAAAACGGCGGCAACGCCGACAAAUGCGCCGGCGGCCGGGAAACUGCCGGCGAAGCCGAAAUUCUCGGCGCUAACGGCGGCGGAAAUGGGGGGAAGCAAGUUCGAGUUCCGCAAGAUUCCCGUGCCGCCCCAUCGGUACACGCCGCUCAAGGAACGGUGGAUGGACAUAUACACUCCGGUGUUUGAACAAAUGAAGAUCGACAUUCGCAUGAACCUCAAGGCGCGCAAGGUGGAGCUGAAGACGCGGAGGGACACGGCGGACCCGUCGGCGCUGCAGAAGUGCGCCGAUUUCGUGACGGCGUACAUGAUGGGAUUCAGCCUCACAGACGCCAUCGCCAUGCUGCGAAUCGAUGACCUCUAUAUCGAAUCAUUCGAGAUCAAGGAUGUGAAAACGCUAAGAGGGGAGCACUUAUCUAGAGCCAUCGGACGACUGUCGGGUAAAAACGGCAAGACCAAGUUCACGAUUGAGAAUGCCACGCGGACACGUAUCGUUAUUGCUGAUUCCAAGAUCCAUGUCCUUGGGGCGUAUGCAAACAUCCGUGUGGCACGAGACGCACUCUGCUCGCUCAUUCUCGGGUCGCCAGCUGGCAAGGUGUACUCGAAGCUGAGAACAGUCGCGGCGAGGCUCUCGGAGAGAUGA